GCCAAAGGUAUAAGACCGACCGUCGGCACACAUUUUCCAUAUUAUUCCGUGCUUUUCUUGUGUAAUAAACGGAUGCGGUGUCAACUCGUAAAAAUGCAAUUCCACCACAAAACGCAUAAACUUUGAUAGUGCCCAAAUAUUCGGAUGUGGUACGGAUUCGAACAGUAGCGUCUGACGCUGCCGACUCGUUGGUCAAAUUCUAUAGUUCCUCCGUCGGCCUUUUGAGAGUAUCCCGCGCAAUCCCAUCUCUGGGCAUGAUUACAACGCGCCAGUGCAGCUUUUGAAUUGCAGAGCGCAAGAUCCAGGAACACUAGGAUUCCCCAUCAGGAGACCAGGAAAUUGGGACACCAGUAAUCCCCCUAGGAACCGCAGGAGCUGCGAUUUCCCAGGCAUAACCUAAAAAGGCACGUGCAGCGCAACGUAGAAGAGUUUUCUGCGUGCCACCACAGCCAAUCGGCUCCUCUCCCAAAAAAAAAAAAAAGCAAUAUUCCCGAAGACGAAACCAUGGCUACCCUCCUCAGUAACGGACAGCAGUCGUUGAUGGCCACUAGUAAUGGUCAGGAGCAGCAGAAGGACGAACCGGAGCAGCAGCAGCAGCAGCAGCAGGUCGAGAUCAGGAAGUCCAGCUCACCCAAACCAGGCGCCAUGCCCAGUUUAAAGCUCAAUAGGAUGGGCUCAGUGUCACCGAAAGAUAAACGCGUCUACAAAAUAGUCCUAACUGGCGGGCCCUGUGGCGGCAAGACGACGGGCCAGUCCCGAUUGUGCACCUUCUUUGAGAACCUUGGAUGGAAGGUAUUCCGCGUGCCUGAAACGGCCACUGUUUUACUCAGUGGCGGCGUGAAGUUCUCCGAUCUGACCGAAAAAGAGGACCCGCCCACGCCAACCACGUUCGUUUACAAAGAUCUGCCCUUCGCCGCUCCGGAGCACAGUCUCAUCGACCUAACCGCAUCCUGUCCGCGCUGCUUGGCCAAGGCUGCAUCCCGGCCCAAUGGCAGCGAAGCCUACAAGUUCCAAGAGAAUCUGAUCCGCACCAUGGUGCAAAUCGAGAACACCUACUUUGAGCUCGGCAACUCGAGCACCCGCAACUGCCUGAUAAUCUGCGAUCGCGGCGUUAUGGAUGCCAGUGCAUACAUAUCAAAGGAUAAGUGGGAGAAGAUGAUGGCGGGCAACAAAUGGAAUCCCGUGGAGAUGCGCGACAAUCGCUAUAACCAGAUCCUGCACUUGGUCUCAGCGGCCAACGGUGCCGAGGACUUUUACUCCACAGAGGACCACGCCUGCCGCUCGGAGGGCGUUGAUCUGGCCAGGGAACUGGACUACAAAUCUGCGGCCGCCUGGGUGGGUCAUCCCUAUUUUGAUGUGAUUGACAACUCCACCAAUUUCGAGUCCAAGAUGAACCGUAUGAUUGAAUCAGUCUGCCAGAAAGUUGGCAUCGACAUUGGCGAUCGUUUGCAGGCCACGUCACGCAAGCUGAAAUAUUUGGUUGCCCUUCUGCCGCCAGACAGCGAGUUUCCGCCCUUCCAGGACUUUGAUGUCGUGCACCAUUAUCUGCAAUCCGCCGGCCCCAAGGUGCAGGCCCGCCUGCGCAAGCGCGGCCAGAAAAGCCACUGGAGCUACAUCCAUACACAGCGACGUCCCAACGUUCACGGGCAGGCCCGCAUCGAGGUGAAGACUCAGCUGACGCAUCGCGACUACAUGAACCUGUUGGCCCAGCGCGACGAUGCCCACUUUACCAUCUACAAGAAGCGCCGCUGCUUCCUGAUCAACAACCAAUAUUUCCAGCUGGACAUUUACAAGGAGCCAGGCCAUCCACGCUGCAAGGGAUUGGUGCUAUUGGAGACGUACUCAUCGCUUACCGGCGAUGCCCUGAAGAACUGCAUGCCCAAGUUCCUGAAUAUUGUAAAGGAGGUGACCGGCGAUCCGGACUACUCCAUGUUCAAUCUGUCCCUCAAGGAGGACUGGAGCACCACCAAGAAGUUCUGCCGUUCGGCGACGCAUGUUAAGGGCGCCGCUAACGGAGUCUCGAGCACGCCGUUGCUCCUCAAUGGCCAGUAGGCUUCUGAACUGUCCCUGAAUCUCUUUUGCACACGCAUAUUUCACGGCAAAAGCAAUUUAUAAGAAACACCAAUGACCUGGCAACAAAAUGUACAAAAAAACUUUAACACUGAGCGGAGGUCCAAGCUAUCUUGGGAGAGUGCUCUGAUAUUUACCCCGGCCAAUCCCAAAAAACACACUUAAACCCACACACCUUGUUACUUAUUUGCGUACUUAGCCCCUGGAGGAUGAAGGAACAGUGAACGAGAGGCGUAUGUGUCGAGUCUAUAGUUUGUAGUGCAAUCGCAACCGAAACCGGAGGUCAAGAGCCCCACGCGUACUUAAUUUUCUUGUCAUGUUUGCUCGUGUUAAUUUUGUAAGCCAUAACACUAAAAACUAUGUAAAUCCAUAGAUCCGCGAUAUCAUGUGACGUUUUUUGUGUCUUUUGGAGAAAUUGUGAACCGAUAAUUUUAACUCUAACUCUAAGCUUAAAAAAAAAAUAAGAUUACAACUACAAGACCACCAAA